AUGAUUGCUUUCGUCCUUAUCCAUCUAAUUUGCCUUUUACCGUGUUUGGUUUCAUCCGAAAUAAGUGAAGCCGAAUACGAUGUGUUAUUGGAUUAUGCGAAAUUUUCAUCCAUUGCCUAUUGCUUAAAUAAAGGUUUGACUUCAGGACCAAUGUCAGAGUCAUGCGAGUUAAGUUUCUGUAAAACUCCCGAGCUCAGUGACAUUGAAAUCAUAAAGACAUUUGACUUCAAUGAGUGGGAUGGUGUUGGAUCAGGGUAUUUAGCAAUAGAUCAUAAAAAUGGCAGAGUUAUCUUAGCGAUGAGAGGAACAUCAUCAAGAAGAGAUUGGAUAGGAAAUUUUGACUUCAUUCCCGUACCAUAUGAGCCCCUAACCAAACUGAUUACAGUAGAAUGUGAAGGUUGCAAGAUUCACAAAGGUUUUUACGAGUUUUUAAGGAAUAAAUGUGCAUAUAUUAUCAAGGAAACACUGAACCUCCAUUUCAAGCAUCCAGAAUAUAGAUUAAUUGUUACUGGUCAUUCUUUGGGUGCUGCGUUGGCAACGCUAGCAGGAAUUGAACUUUCCUUGAUGGAGCAUGAUCCCUUGGUCGUGGGGUAUGGUAGCCCUCGAGUUGGAAAUACUAACUUUGUGAAGUGGGUGGACAUUAGUGUACUGAGUAAGUUACAAGUGAUAGUUAACAUUGCCCAAACGAAUAUGAUCACAAAUGGCUUUAUCAGAGUAACUCACGAGCAUGAUUUAAUACCUAAAUUACCUCCUGCUCCUGUCUUCAGACAUACCGGAGUGGAGUACGAAAUAGUGAAAUUGGAAACUCCGCAUGAAAGAAAUGAUAUCAACAGGGUGGUCAAUGAAGAAUGGCAAGAUAUUGAUGAUAUGGAUUCCAACGCUCAGGUUAAAACGAUGAGUCCUCUGAAAUUGUGGCCCCCAUUUUUAGGUAAGUAUGAACAUAAACAUUACCUCAUAAGAAUUACUGGGUGUGAUGACAAUAAAAGUUAA